GACUUUUAGUUGACCGUACCGCAGACGGACCAACGGUGGAAUCAGUCCGACUGUCGCUGAUUAUCAACGAUAACGUUCUAAAAAACGAAAUAGCCGCUGAAAUACUGAGCAAAAAAAACGGACUGCUAGUCUUUGUUUACGCUGAAUAUUUUGCACACGGAUAUACGGCGCUCGUCGUAUCUGGCGACACGCUAUAGACACCAAUAACAAUGGCUUCUGGGUCACCGUCGUCCUCCCCGGACACUGCGACGGGCUCAGGUACAGACCCAGCUCGACCCGAUACAGGGGAGCCCCUCGGCGGAGCAGGGUCAGACUCCGACUCGGAUCUGGGUUUGGGGAAAUUUGACUGCAGCGCCGCGGAGAUGGGGGAUCGACUGGAGGGCGAGGGGCUGGAGAUGGAAUUUGAGUCUGCAGCCGACCGCGUACGAGAUCUGAUUCAGACGGCCAGCAGGGACCAGCUGUUGUACCUGUAUGCUCGCUAUAAACAGGUCAAAGUGGGAAAGUGCAAUACACAAAAACCUGGCUUUUUCGACUUUGAAGGACAGAGGAAAUGGCAAGCCUGGAAACAGCUUGGAGAUAUGGAAGCAGAGCAGGCAAUGCAGGAGUACAUUUCCUGUGUCAACGUGUUAGACCCUGAAGGCAGCACAAAGGAAAGGGCUCAGGGAGCAGAAAGGAGAAAAGGCUUCGGAGGAGCAGUCGUUAGCUCUCUAUACCAAGAAGAGAUGAUCAGGGAAGAGGAUAAGAACAUCUUCGACUAUUGCAGAGAAAACAACAUCGACCACAUCACUAAGGCCAUCACCUCCCAGAAAGUGGAUGUCAAUACUAAAGACGAAGAGGGCCGGGCUCUCCUGCACUGGGCCUGUGACAGAGGACACAAGGAGCUGGUGUCUGUAUUACUGCAGCACAAAGCAGAUAUCAACAGUCAGGACAAUGAAGGACAAACAGCACUACAUUAUGCAUCUGCGUGCGAGUUUGCUGAAAUCGUGGAGCUCCUGCUGAACGCUGGAGCCGACCCUUCCAUCAAAGACAUAGAGGGUUCUCUUCCUGAGGAGGUCACUGAAUCCAGCGCCAUCUCCUCUCUCCUUCGCCAGUACACGGCUCCAAAAGGCUAGAUCCCCCUUCUACCCACCACCUGUGUCCUAGUCUGACCCUUGCUCCACUCAUUCACUCACGUCCCCACCAUCAUCCAUUCAUUCCUGAAGAGACUCUGUUGAACCCCAGCAGUCAGUAGACCAGGAUUCCAGAAGUUUUAAUUGAUUUUUAUGUAUAAACAACUUUGGAGAAUUUGAUUUUGUUGGCUUAACUAAAUGUGUAAACAUUAGCCCCCCUCCCCCCCCAUUAAAGACACAUAUAAUGAAACACACCCCAUGUAUAUUUUCAUCAAUAUAAAUAAUAUAUAUAUAUUGAUUGUGUGCCAAGUAUAUGGUUGGGUGAUAGGAUGAUUACUGUGAGACAAUAGCUGAUUCAGACUCUACUUUACUGAGGUAGCAAAAUCUUUUGUUGUAUGAGACCAUUGCAAGCAAUAUCAUAAAUCAGUGAGCAGUGGCCCCAACAGAAUGACGGGAUUUGAGCAUCAUAAGUAUUUAGUUUUAUCACGUAUUUAUGUCACCUGGAGGAACCACCAAACAAACAUUCCUAUUCAUUUAUUUUAUCCACUCAAAGAUUAUGAAUUUCAGAAAAAACAUCAAACAAGAUAUUCUACAUGUCACUCAAUCCUAUUAUGUAGGUCUGAAAACUAGCCAGGCCUCUUUGUUUUGACUGGUUAAACUUGUGUUACUGCAGGUCUUUUCAUUCAGUUUGUUAUGUUCCAAGGAAUGCUUUUAUCAUUUGACUUAUAAUAUCAAUAAAGUCCUCAAUAAAUUGA